AAAUACACGUGACUUGACUGUAAAAAUAUAAAUAUUGAUGCACAAAAAUGUUGACGUCGUUGUUGCAAAAACUGAAUAUGUAGAGCUUGUAUUUGGUGUCAUUUCCACCAUUUAUGAUUUAAAUGUUCAUGUAUGUAAAUGAGUAACAGACACAUGAUUCUCUGUCUGCAGGAUGGUAAAUGGAACAUUGAGGAAGAGGAGGAAGAGAAAGAGGAUGAUGAUGGUGAUGAAGAGCGAGGAGAGGAUGAGGAUGAUGAUGGUGAUGAAGAGCGAGGAGAGGAUGAGGAUGAUAAUGAUAAUGCUGUUGCUGAAGAUGAUGCUGAUGAGGGUGAAGAAGAAGAAGAAGAGGAGGAGGAUGAGGAUGAUGAUCACGGUGACCUGCAGUCUGAUGAGGGCAGUGAGGAUGAGGAGGGUCAGGGCGCUGAGGAAGAGCAGGUCGGUGCUGAAGGGCCUCCGGCGGAGAUUGAGGAGCAGAAGAAAGCUGCACAGGAAGCAGCCAGAGCAGAACUGCCAUACACCUUCACAGCUCCAGACAGUUACAGCAGUCUGAAGUCGCUCCUGCAGGAUCACGGAUCAGAGCAGCAGCGCCUCAUACUGGACAGAACGGUCAAGUGUAAUCAUCCCAGUCUGGCCGCAGGAAACAAAGCCAAACUACAGGUCUGUUCCUGAUCCUGGGGCUGAUGCUGUAUCCCGCCGGCUGGGGUUCAGAUAAAGUGCAGG